AUUCGCAAAAAAAUCCUUUGAAAACAAUCUAUCCUUCUUAUUUUUUUUUCUUAUUUUGGUUGGUUUCAGUCCAUCGAAGAACCGUAGGCUGACGUUCACUAAUAUCACAAGAUUGAAGACAAGAGGAAUAAAACUUAAGGACCUUGAGAAGAAACCACGAAUUUUUUAUUAUUUAAGGCAAGAUGACUCAAACAGAUUUGAAAAGUACAUAUUCUUCAGCAGAAAUCCAAAAGUUAGAGCAUGACUAUGCUGCUCACAAUUACCAUCCUUUGCCAGUCUGUUUUUCUAAAGCUGAGGGUGCUAAAGUAUGGGAUCCUGAAGGCAAGGAGUAUUUGGACUUCCUAUCAGCUUAUUCCGCUGUUAAUCAAGGACAUUGCCAUCCCAAAAUUGUCGGUGCAUUGAUAGAGCAAGCUCAACGUGUCACUUUGAGUUCUCGUGCAUUCUACAACGAUAAGUUUGGACCUUUUGCCAAAUAUGUUACUGACUACUUUGGUUAUGAGAUGGUUAUUCCCAUGAACACAGGUGCUGAAGCCGUCGAAACUGCUUGCAAACUUGCGCGUCUUUGGGGUUACAAGCAAAAAAAGAUUGCUAAUAAUGAGGCCAUUAUCCUCUCCUGUGUCGAUAACUUCCACGGCCGUACAAUGGGUAUCAUUUCUAUGUCCACUGACCCUGAAGCCCGUGAUAACUACGGUCCCUAUUUGCCAAAUGUCGGUCCUAAAGUUGAGGGUUCCGACCGAGUCUUACGUUACAAUAACUUGGAGGACUUGAAGUACUUCCUUGAAAAUUAUGGCUCUAGAGUUGCUGGUUUCUUAGUUGAACCCAUCCAAGGUGAAGCCGGCGUUGUUGUUCCUGAUGAUGACUACUUGAGAAGCGCUUAUGAAUUGUGCAAGGCCCAUAAUGUCUUGUUUAUCGCAGACGAAGUCCAAACUGGUAUUGCUCGUACAGGUAAGAUGCUUUGCAUCGAACACUCCGGUGUCAAGCCAGAUAUGGUUAUCCUUGGAAAGGCUAUAUCUGGCGGUGUUUACCCCGUAAGUGCUGUCCUCUCCUCCAAGGAAAUUAUGCUCAAUUUUGAGCCCGGUACUCACGGAUCUACUUAUGGUGGUAAUCCUCUUGGUGCUGCUGUUGCCCUUGCUGCUUUACAAGUUGUCAAAGAAGAAAACUUGGUUGAACGUGCUGCUGUUUUGGGAGAAAAGUUUCGUAAUGCUCUCAAUGACACCAAGUCCCCCAUCCUUCAAGUUGCUCGUGGUCGUGGUCUCUUGAACGCUAUCGUCAUUGACGAAACCAAGACUAAUGGCCGUACCGCCUGGGAUUUGUGUUUGAUUAUGCGUUCUCGUGGUGUAUUGGCUAAGCCAACCCAUGGAAAUAUUAUUCGCCUUGCUCCUCCCUUGGUUAUCUCUGAAGAGGAUUUGAUGAAGGGUGUUGAAAUCAUCAAACAAGCUUUGGUAGAACUUCCAACCAUCGAUAUGACUCCCUUUGCAGAGACUACAAUUCACUAAACAAUUGAGUAAAGGGUGAAAAAUGAUGACAUUGAACAAGGUAAUUUUCGAAAUAAUACAAUGGUUUCAGUGUCGCUAUUUCUGCUAUUUAUAUGGAACAAGUUGGGUUGAUGAAUGUAAAUAGAAUAGUUAAUUUACUAAACAGCUAGUUUAAAUGAAAUAUUUGUAAAGUGUACUUUAGUUAAAAUCCGUCAGUUUGGUUAGUUGAUAAUAAAAGAAGUUGCGCAGGUUACGGCGUAAACAUGUUUUGUGA